UAUUUUUAUUUUUAUAUGGAAUAUACGUUAAAGGAUAUAUACGCUGAUUGCGCGGAGAUCAAAAGGAAAAAACCAUAUGAUCAUGUUAAUGAAGAAAUAGCGAAGAGAAUCGGCAGCGAGUACAGAACGCUGCCGACGUACGAAAAAGGUCUUUACGAGGAAGUGUUUAAGAGGCACUAUUCUCUGCACGAUAACGAGCUGCUGAAAUGCCGAUGGACACAGUACAAGAAACAUUUGGAGGGUAGGGUGUUUGCGCCCUUCCAGUUUCCCGACGUGAGAGAUCUUCACUUCUACAACUGCGCCAUUCGAUUCUUGCCGUCCGAAUCGAUACAUCGCAGAACCAAAUAUGGAUUUAAAUUGAAACCCGGACCUGGCGUCGACGACUUUGGCCAGAUGCCCAUACCGCAAGAGCUAAUCAUUAAACGUUUUUAA